UUGGCCUUCAUCCUUCUCCCGCCGUGGUGGACGGGGCCACGGACUCCUGGAUCGAUGCCGCCGACGACGUGGCAGGCAGUGUGGUGGGCGGCCCCUGUGGUGUGGGGCUUUCCGGUUGACCAGUGGUAGUGGCUGCCUGUGGCUGGGGGCCUUCUGACUCGGGCUGCUCCUCGGUGGUGGCGUCGACCGACGACCCGGCCGCCGCUUCCGAUGCACUGCUGGCGGAUGGGCCGCCCUGCCCUUGGCCCUGGUCGUCGGCGCCGUUGCCGCCUGCGGGGUGCAGGUGCAGCGACGCUGGCAUCCUGCUCAGGCCGUAUCACUGAGUGAGACACACCAUAGACAGCAGCACAGAGGAAGACUUCCUUGAGGGCGGCUGUAAGGGCCGACUUGGCUUACCAGCUCUGGGUAGGGUGGUCUUGAUCUGAAUGGCGUUGAAUCUGCGUCUCAUGUCGGUGGGAUGGUCGGGGUCCUGACAGACAGACACAGACAGACAGAGACAGAAAGCGGCAUCCUUGCCACACCUGUCCGUCAGGUGUGGCUCACUCACUGACCGGUUGGAUUGGGUACACCGGAUGAAGGCGGGGUCUAUCUCCUCCAUGAACGAAGAAUUUGAAAUCAUACUCGGCGAUGCGACGAGGCACCGCAUGCACGAAGCACCUGCAUGAACGACAGACAGACAGACAGACAGACAGAGUGCACUGUCUAUGUGUUUGCUCUCUGUGUUGUGGUUGCCUACUUUCGGCUGCGGCACCAUUUCAUCCUCACUGGGUCUUGCCACGGCGUGGCGGACCGUCUUGCGUCAACCUCCUCCGGUGUGUCUCUUCCCCCAUAUUUUGGUCCCCCAUCAUUUUCAACGAUCCUCACGCUGAUGUCGACGGUCUUCCCGUCCUGGUCCCACACAAACACGACCUUGUCCUUCUCUUUCUUCCCUAGCUCCCGAGCAAUACGCGCCCGCCACAAUCGCUGGAUGUCGGUGGCCCCAAUGUCGCGAGACUUCAUGAUCCCUAUAAUCUGCCACCAUCGGUCCACGGCAGCCACAAACAGGUGAGGCGGUGCCAUCGACGUCUGUGUGUGUGUGUGUCGGGUGCUGGCUGACUGACCAUGAUUUCUUUUUCCAGCCAUCUCAUGGUCAGGACGCGACGCCGGCAGGCUUGGAUGUGUG